CGGGGCCCGCGGUGGAUGCGGAGGCUGCUGGCCGGUUUCGCGCGCGCGAGCCCACUGAACAGGGCCCCUCCUCGUUGCCCCGGCAACCGUCGAAAGAGCCGGGGGUCCCGCCUGACUAGGCCGCGACGCAGCCUCGCCUUCGUUCCCGUGGCAGCCAUGCCGGGCAGGGCCAAGGCCUCGCCCGCUUGUGGGCCCGCGCGGCCUGAGGACUCGGAGGGCGGCCGCGGGGCCAAGGCCGGCGCCGCCCAAGACGAGCCGGAGGCCGAAGGCGCGAAGGAAGGCGGCGCUGCCGCUGCAGCCGCCUGCGAAGCCGGCCCCAACCUGGGCGACCCGGAGAUCGUCAAGUCCCCCAGCGACCCCAAGCAGUACAGAUACAUCAAACUUAAAAAUGGCUUGUGCGCAUUGCUGAUUUCGGAUCUGAAUAACCCAGAUGGUAGCCCUUGUGCUGCAUCUUCAGAGGGAGAGGAUGACUCUGAAGAUGACACUGAUGAAGAUGAUGAUUCUGGAGCAGAAAUUGAGGAUGAUCAAGAAGGAUAUGAUGAUGACGAGGACUAUGAUGAUGAUCUCGAUGACCCUGAUAGUGACUUGGAAGAGUUAGCAGAUAAAGUGGAGACAAGAAAAAGGAAUUGCACAGAAAAACAGUCUGCAGCUGCACUUUGUGUUGGUGUCGGCAGUUUCUCAGAUCCUGAAGAUCUGCCAGGGUUGGCACAUUUUCUGGAACAUAUGGUUUUUAUGGGCAGUUCAAAAUACCCAGCUGAGAAUGGGUUUGAUGCUUUUCUGAAGAAACAUGGGGGUAGUUGUAAUGCUUCAACGGACUGCGAACGGACACUUUUCCAGUUUGAUGUACAGAGGAAAUAUUUCAAGGAAGCGCUUGAUAGAUGGGCACAGUUUUUUAUUCAUCCUUUAAUGAUUCAGGAUGCAAUUGAUCGGGAAGUUGAAGCAGUGGAUGGUGAAUAUCAGCUUGCAAGGCCUUGUGAUGCAAAUCGAAUAGAGAUGUUGUUUGGAAGUCUUGCCAAGUCUGGACAUCCAAUGAAGAAGUUUUUCUGGGGUAAUGCAGACACGCUGAAACAUGAGCCAAAAGAAAAAGACAUUGAUACCUACACCAGACUGAGGGAGUUCAGGCAGCGUUACUACUCAGCGCAUUAUAUGACAUUAGCUGUGCAAUCUAAAGAAACCUUGGAUAAUCUGGAAAAAUGGGUGACGGAAAUCUUCUCAGAGAUCCCAAAUAAUAAUUUACCUAGACCUGUAUUUAGCCACCUGACCGAACCUUUUGAAACACCAGAAUUUCACAAAUUGUACAGAGUUGUUCCAAUCAGGAAAACCCACUUUUUGAAUAUCACUUGGGCUCUUCCACCACAAGAAGAGCACUACAGAGUGAAGCCUCUUCAUUAUAUUUCUUGGCUUGUUGGACAUGAAGGCAAAGGCAGCGUUCUUUCAUAUCUCAGAAAAAAAUUCUGGUCCCUUGCAUUAUACGGUGGGAAUGAUGAAACAGGAUUUGAGCAAAAUUCCACGUACUCAGUCUUCCGUAUUUGUGUUACAUUGACGGAUGAAGGUUACAAGCAUUUCUACGAGGUUGCUCAUGUAGUAUUCCAGUAUUUAAAAAUGUUGCAGCAAACAGGACCAGACCAAAGAAUAUGGGAAGAGAUGCAGAAGAUUGAAGCCAAUGAAUUUCAUUACCAAGAGCAGAUUGAUCCAGUUGAAUAUGUGGAAAGUCUAUGUGAAAAUAUGCAGCUUUUUCCAAAGGAGGACAUUCUGACAGGAGACCAACUUCUUUUUGAAUACAAGCCAGAAGUCAUUUCUGCAGCUCUUCAGAAGCUGACACCCCAACGAGCCAACCUUAGUCUGUUAUCAGCUUCACAUGAAGGUCAAUGCCAUGAGAAAGAAAAGUGGUUUGGUACACUCUACAGUAGUGAAGAUAUUGAUCCAUACUGGAGAGAUAUGUGGGCCAGUGACUUUCUGUUAAAUCCAGAGUUACAUCUCCCUGAAGAAAACAGAUAUAUUGCAACUGAUUUUGCUCUGAAGGCCCCUGACUGUCCCCAGACAGAAUAUCCAGUUAGUAUUGUGAGCACCCAGCAAGGUUGUUUGUGGUACAAGAAGGAUGAUAAAUUCAAAAUCCCUAAAGCUUAUAUCCGUUUCCAUCUAAUCUCACCGUUGAUCCAGCAAUCUGCCGAAAAUGUGGUCCUUUUUGAUACGUUUGUGAACAUUCUUGCCCACAAUCUGGCUGAACCUGCCUAUGAAGCAGAUGUUGCUCAACUGGAGUACAAGCUGGUUACUGGAGAGCAUGGAUUAAUAAUUCGUGCCAAAGGAUUCAAUCACAAACUACCACUGCUGUUCCAACUCAUCAUUGAUUAUUUAGCUGACUUCAGCUUUACUCCAGAAGUUUUUGAGAUGAUAACUGAGCACCUGAAAAAGACCUACUUCAACAUCCUCAUCAAGCCAGAGACGCUGGCAAAGGAUAUACGUCUCUUAAUAUUAGAGCACGGCCGGUGGUCUAUGACUGAGAAAUAUGAGACACUCAUGAAGGGCCUCUCCAUAGAUUCUCUUCUGUUGUUUGUGAAGGCUUUCAAAUCUCAGCUCUUUGCAGAAGGUUUAGUCCAAGGAAACUUCACAAGUCAUGAAUCAAAAGAAUUUCUGGAUUAUGUUGUGGAAAAGCUGCAGUUCCUUCCACUCGUACAUCCGUGUCCAGUGCAGUUCCGGGUGGUGGACUUGCCAAGCUGCCAUCUGCUGUGCAAAGUGAAAACGCUUAACAAGGGAGAUUCAAAUUCUGAAGUCACAGUCUACUACCAGUCAGGAGCUAGAAGUUUAACAGAAUAUUCUCUCAUGGAAUUGCUUGUGAUGUACAUGGAGGAGCCUUGUUUUGAUUUCCUGCGAACCAAGCAAACCCUUGGAUAUCAUGUGUACCCUACAUGUAGGAAUACAUCCGGGAUCCUUGGCUUCACUAUUACGGUAGAAACACAAGCAACCAAAUACAAUUCUGAAUUUGCAGAUAAGAAGAUAGAAGAAUUUCUUCAAUGUUUUGAGGAAACAAUCAAGAAUAUGACUGCAGAGGCCUUCAAUACACAGGUCACAGCUCUCAUUAAAUUAAAAGAAUGUGAAGAUUCUCAUCUUGGUGAAGAGGUGGAUAGGAAUUGGACAGAAGUGGUGACUCAACAGUACCUGUUUGACAGAUUAGUUCGAGAGAUUGAAGCUCUAAAAUCUCUUUCUCAGUCACAAUUAGUUGACUGGUUUCUAGCACACAGAGGCAAAGAACGCAAAGUGCUUAGUGUACACGUGGUUGGAUUUGGAAUCCACGAAGGUGACCCAGAAACUUCCUCUCCCUCAAAUAUGCACAGCCUCUCAUGCAACGACAUACCUCAGCUAGAGUUCUUGGAUGCUUCUUCUCUGACAGAUACAACUUGUAUCAAGGAGAUCAAAGUGUAUACGUCAUCUCUGAAUGUUCUGCCGUACCACAAGAUAUUAAAAUAAUACAUUUCAGACUGCCAUAAUGCGUAGUACAACUUUAACUACUGAAUAUUGGGGAAGUCUGCUUUACUACAGAGAAUCCAGUCUACUUAAGCUUUUCUGGAAAAUAUGUAAUUGAAUACCCUUCAUGCUCAACUGUGCAACAAGGCUGUAUUUUCAGAGGCAGGUAUAUAGAGAGCUAUGUUCUUGGUAAAAUGUAUGCAAUAUGGAAGGCGGAGGAAAGUGAGCAGACUGAAAAACUUGUGUAAUGUAGUGGGUCUUUCUUCUUUGAAUGAUAUUUUACUUGGAGAUAAUGGGGACAGGAAGAGAAUGAGGAGGAGAACUGAUAGAUAUGCAAGUGGACUUCUAAGUUCUCAAUUAACUGUGUGCUAUUUUAAGGGACAAAAGUGAUAAAUCAAUUACUAUCAGUGUGUUUUAGACUUCUUUACAUCAAUAACGUGCUUCUGUACAACAGUUCAGAGCAAGAACUCUGCUAGCCUCAUGGAAAACACAAAUGAUAAAAAAAUACAAAGGCUUGUGCAUGAGGUAGUUCAGGAUGAGUACUCUCGAGAUAUUAUGUGCAAUAAAUUAAUGACUGAGAUAAUUUUGUGGAGGUUGUUCCAAUAUAACAGAAUCGUUCUUGACAUCCAUUUUGAAUCAUUAAUUUUUAAAGAUUUAGAAUUUGAAGAAACACUGGUAGAUUGCUUCGCGAAUGAAAUAAAACAAUGUUGAACUACAAAA